AUGGGGGACCACCCCAUCCUUGUACUCCCUGUGCCUCCUCUUCGGACUGCCUCGAGGCACGUCACCCGUCGUGAUCCUCCCCGUUCUGAAGCUAACCGAUGGCAGGUCUGCAAGACCGAAAACUGCGGUCCCGGCAAGGGUCACACUCCCAUCCGAAAAGCCGCCCACCGUCGCCUCCUGCUCUGGAACUGCGCCUCUGAAUGCGACUAUACCUGCCAGCACAUCGUCACGGCCCAGCGGGUCGCCGCUGGCGAUCCCAUCGUCCAGUUCCACGGCAAAUGGCCCUUCUACCGGUUCCUCGGGAUGCAGGAGCCCUUCUCGGUGCUCUUCUCCCUCGGCAACCUCUAUGCCCACUGGCAUGGCCUUGCCAAGGUCCGCGCCCGAAUCCCAGCGACAUACAGCCUGCGUCCGUUCUACGUGAUGCUAGCUCAAGUCGGAAUCGCCAGCUGGGUCUUUAGCGCCAUUUUCCACACGCGUGACUUUCAGCUCACAGAAGAAUUGGACUACUUUGCCGCAGGCGCAAGCGUCCUCUACGGGCUGUACUACACGCCCAUUCGCAUCUUCCGAAUCGACCGGCCCUCGCCACGUCGACGAUCCGCCCUCCGCGUGUGGACGCUGCUGUGCAUAAUGCUAUAUGUAUUCCACGUCGCGUACUUGAAGGGCGUGCGCUGGGACUACGCGUACAACAUGGCCGCCAAUGUUGCGGCUGGCAUCGUGCAGAAUAUCCUGUGGAGCUGGUUCAGUGUGACGAGCUUCAAAAAGUCUGGGAGCUUGUGGUCCAUGGUGCCCGGCGUAGUUGUCGCUUGGGUAAUGUUUGCCAUGAGCAUGGAGCUGUUUGACUUCCCACCCUGGCUGGGGUGUAUUGAUGCCCAUAGUCUGUGGCAUCUGCUGACGAUUGGCCCUACUGUCCUGUGGUACAAUUUCUUGUUAAAGGAUGCUCAGCAGGAUAUUGCUGGCACGGAGCGGCACAAGGCCUGA